AUGGCAUUCGAUGAGAAGUAUUUCCCAGACUCCGUCAGGGAGAGGAAGAAAGUAGAAUUUAUUGAGCUUCAGCAAGGGGGCAUGACAGUGGAGCAGUACGCCUCUAAGUUUGCAGAGCUGUCUAGAUACACACCCCACAUUAUCAACAUCAACACGCGAAAGGCGGCCAAAUUUGAGAGGGGCCUUCGGUCGGACAUCAGAGGGAGAGUAUUGUUGGCCAAUUUGAAGUUAUACUCCCCUUUAGUAGACCUCGCCCUAAAGAUUGAAAGGGACUAUGAAGACCACAGAUCAAGGAAGGAAGGAAAGAUGAAGGUCGUACCAUCGAGAAAGUUUGGGAAGAAGCCCCGACAGAUCCCAAGAAGGGAUGUUAGAGAAGGAGCUUACAAAAAUUUCCCGGGCAACAGAGAGAAUGAUCGACACCCGGUCUGCCCUCAUUGUAGGAAGGAUAACCAUUCGAGUGUUACCGAAAGUAGAAUAUAUGCCACCGGAGUGGCAGGCCUGAGGUGUGUCUCUAUUUGUGGUAUUAAAGCUAGAGCUCUGAUUGAUUCUGGUUCCUCUCACUCUUUUGUUGCACCUCAUUUUGCCUACUAUCUAAAUGUUGAACCUACAUGUCUUGAUUAUACUCUAACAGUGUGCACGCCUGUAGAGGAUUCUAUGGAAACUGAUAGAGUGUAUCGAAAGUGUGGAAUUACAAUUGAUAUGUGUGACCUGCCCGUAGAUUUGAUCCUCCUAGAGAUUCAGGAUUUCGAUGUUAUUCUGAGCAUGGAUUGGUUGUACACACACUAUGCCACCGUCAAUUGCCAUGAGAAGAAAGUAACCUUUAAACGCCCUGCUCAAGCUGAGCUACACUUUGAGGGUACUAGGGAUACUUCCCCUCUGCACUUUAUCUCUACUCUUAGGGCCUCUCGCCUCCUAACUAAGAGAAGUGAAGGUAUCCGGCCUAUGUGGUUGAAAUCGGGACGUCCAGACCCAGCUAGAAGGAAUACUAGUAGUGAGAGAGUACCUCGAGGUCUUCCUGGAAGAGUUACCAUCCCUACCUCCAAUAACGGAGGUUGA